AUGGGCCAGGAGACUGGCUGUGGCCCUCGAGGGCUCGUGGAUGUGUUAAUGGGCAAGGAAGUGCCAAUUUUGGGUGUUGGUGGAGGUUUGGGAGGCUCUCCAAGGUCUGUAACCUUCCAGGAACAACCUGAGCUGUAGAUCCACCUGAUCAGGGCUGUGAGCUCCUCAACACCAGAGCUCUACAGGGAACCUGGAUGUGGAGAGCACCCGUGUGCCCAGGCUGUGCCAGCCCUCGCCAGACACUCAGUCACCGGGAAGAUGCCAUGAGGGAGCACCAGGAGGGUCUGCACAGAGAGCUGAGGUGGAAACCACCCACUGGCCCUCAUCAGCCAGCCCAGGCAGCACGUUCCCAGCACAUUCCCAGUGCAGGGUUCACCUGCCAGCACAGCCGAUGCUUUGGGGGUGUCCUGGUCACCCUCGGGUGGGAGCGGGGAAGCCGAGGAUGGAGGGGAUUGAGCAAUGGCCGAUCCCUGCCAAGGCUCAGUGUCCAGCGUGGGAAGCGCGGCUCCUUCCAUCCAACCCUGCCCUCUCUCCACACGCUGUUUCUGGCUCUCAUUUCUUUGGCAGAAAAUUCACAUUCUCAUCCCCUCUCUCCUCCCCUCAGCUCUGGCAGCUCCUUUCCAUCACUUCCCCACUUCUCCUCCCGCCUGUGGGCUGGUAAGGGCCCCUGGAGCCAUUGAGGAGACGCUGCUGUGAAAACCUUCAUCCCAAAGGAAGAGCCAGGAGCUGCUGGUCCUGCUGCGAGGUCUGUUUUCCAGAGGACCUUUGGCUCGGCCCCUGUGCCAGGCCCCAGCCCUGGGAUGCAGUCCGUGGCCCUGCAGAGCCUGUCCGAGCUGGAGAGGGCCAGUCUGCAGGAGCUGGCGCUGUUCUGGCUGCAGGAGAGGCUGCUCGUGGGGCACCUCAGUCUGGACAGAGAUGGCUCCAAAGGCAUUAAAUCCAUCCGGCAGAAGCUGGAGAGCUUCUCAAAGGAGAGGAAAGACUGCUCUCCCCACACCUUCGGGGUCCCACUCCCCCAGGUCAUCGCCAAUGACCGCGCCUGCCGGCAGCUGCAGGAGGCCGUGGGGAAGAGCCGCCGGCUCUGCCUGGAGGUGGAGGCCACAGUGACGAGAUUCCGGGCUCAGAGGCAGCGGAGAUUGGGAAUGGGCACCAGCUGCAUCCGGGCACCCGACGGGGGCUUCCCAGAGGAGCCGCUGUCCCCAGCGCUGCUGGACAAGAGCUCCUGGAGCCAGCGGAGGGGGGCCAUGUCCGUGGAUUCCAUCACGGACCUGAGUGACGACACGUCCGAGCUGCUGGAGGCACUGCAGCUCUCACACCCGCACGAGCUGGACCCUCGCAGGAGCCGGGGCAAGAAGAAGGCGCUGAGCCUGAACCCCAUCAGCUGGCAGGUGCCACGGAUCGUGGACAGGUGCUGCACUCACCUUGAGACGCAUGGGCUCCAAACAGUCGGCAUCUUCCGUGUCGGGAGCUCCAAGAAAAGAGUCCAGCAGCUGAGGGAAGAGUUUGACCGAGGGCUGGAUGUUUUCUUGGAUGAGCAUCAAAGUGUUCAUGAUGUGGCUGCCCUGCUCAAAGAGUUUCUGCGGGAUAUGCCAGAUCCCCUGAUCCCCAGGGAGCUCUACGGCGCCUUCCUCAGCACAGCCACCAUGGAGGGGCCGGCGCAGCUGGACACGCUGCAGCUGCUGCUGUUCCUGCUGCCCCCGUGCCACAGUGACACCCUGCUCCGGCUCCUGCGCUUCCUGGGCGAGGUGGCCCGGCAUGCUGAGAGCUCCCGGGACCCCGAGGGCCGCGAGAUCCCUGGGAAUAAAAUGACAGCUUCCAACCUGGCUACAGUCUUUGGUCCCAACAUCCUGCAGAAGGAGAAGCCUGGAGAGAAAGAUGCCGGUGCCCUGAACUUUGAGGACAGUGCUGCCAUAAUCCUGGUGCUCCAGAGGCUCAUCGAGCACCACCACUCCCUGUUCAUGGUCUCUCCAGAAAUGCAGUGUGAUGUCCUGAGGAGGCUGUUCCAGACAGACCCCGAUGUCAUCGAGUACCUGCUGCGCAGGAAGUUCCCUGACGUGCCGAGCCCAGAGCGUGAGGAUCCCGGGGAGGACCCUGCUCCGUCCGGCUGGACGCGCAGCGUGGAGCGAGGCUCGGUCUCCUCGGAGCUGUACAGCAACGUCUCCUUCCUAAACCUGGAUGUUGGCAUCUAGCGAGCCCUGGCCAGCCCCUCUGGACAAAACCAGGCAGCUUUUCCCAGCAAAACCCAGUCCCUGCCUCGCUUUGGGGGCAGCCCCUGUGCCUGUGCCGUGGGGGCAGAGCUGUGCUCGGGGCUCUCCUGCCAGGCCGUCACCUCCUCCCUGCAGGCCCAAAGGCCACCGUGCCCUCAGCACAGCCCUCCCUGCCCCCUCCUUCCUCACAGGACCUUGGGGACUGGGUUUCCAUCCCUAGAGCUGGGGGCACUGGAGCAUCCCUCUUGGGAGGAAAGGCUGAGGGAGCUGGGACUGUUCAGCCUGGAGAAGGCUGAGAGGGACCUUAUCAAUGUACCCACAUGCUUUUGUAAGGACCUGGAGGGACAGGACACAGGGAGCGGCUGCCCACUGCCAGAGGGCAGGGCUAGAUGGGAUACUGGGAGAAAUUCU